AUGUCUGAUCCUUCUCAUUUAAUUUCUAAACGAGCUGCUGGAAGAACCUCGUUACAUUUUACUAAUGCUCCAUCUGAUAAGCCUCCAGCAAAUUUCAAGCCUCAUGCAAAGCCCUUGGCAUUAUCUUAUGGUAUGCCUAAUCAUGGGUUUUUCCCAAUUGAUUCAAUAGAUGUCAAUUUAGUUGAUUUUCCAUUCCAAAAAAUCCCAUCAGCCUCAAAACCCCCUUCAUCAUUGAACGGGUCCGAGAACGGUCAUCAAACCAAAACUCCACCUCCAAAUAUACACGAACAACAGUCAACCGUACACAUCAGUAGACAUACUACUGAUCCAAAAUUAAUUGAUUUAGCUAGAGGAUUACAAUAUGCUGCUGUUGAAGGACAUGCACCAUUAUUACAAUUUGCAAGAGAUUUUAUCAUUCGGACACAUAAACCAAAUUAUGACGAUUGGAAUGUUUUCAUAACUUCUGGUGCCAGUGAUGGAUUAAAUAAAGCUGCCGAUGCAUUUUUGGAUGAUGGUGAUGUUAUCUUGGUAGAAGAGUUUACUUUUAGUCCAUUUUUAAGAUUUCUGGAUAAUACUGGUGCUAAGGCUGUCCCCGUGAAAAUCAAUUUUGAUAAUGAUUCCGAUGGGAUUGAUUUAGAUGAAUUUGUUGACCUAUUAGAGAAUUGGGGGAAAUAUUAUCCAAAUUUACCUAAACCAAAGGCAUUAUAUACUAUUGCUACUGGACAAAAUCCAACUGGAUUCACCCAAUCUUUAGAAUUUAGAAAGAAAGUAUAUGAUUUGGCAGUCAAACAUGAUUUUGCCAUUAUUGAAGACGAUCCUUAUGGAUACUUGACAUUGCCAAAAUAUGAAAAACCAAAUAUAGCUGGUGGUAACAUUAAUGAGUUAAAGAAUGAUCUUACAAUUGAUGAUUAUUUGAAAAAUCAUUUGACUCCGUCUUAUCUUGAAUUAGAUACUACUGGUAGAGUAUUUAGAGUUGAGACAUUUUCCAAGUUAUUUGCCCCAGGUUUAAGAUUAGGAUUUGUUGUUGGUCACAAAAAAGUAAUUGAGGCAGUUAAGAAUUAUAGUGAUGUUGUUAAUCGUGGUGCCCUGGGUUUAACACAAACUAUUGUUAAUAAUGUUAUUCAAGAAAACUUUAAAGGUGUUGAUGGAUGGUUGGAAUGGAUUUUAAAGAUGAGAUCGAAUUAUUCUUAUAGAAAAGAUUUAUUGUUAUAUUCAAUUUUUGAAUCACAAGCUUAUAAAAAGGGGUAUGUUGAUGUUAUUGACCCUAAAGCUGGUAUGUUUGUUACUUUUAAAGUUAAUUUACCAAAAGAUGUUGAUGUUUUACAAAAAAUGAAAUUAUUAUUAUGGAAAUUGAUUUCUCAUGGGGUGUUGGUUGUUGCAGGAUAUAAUAUGACGGUUGAUUUAGAGUUUAGUAAAGAUAGAAGCAAUUUUUUUAGAUUAUGUUAUGCUCUUGCUAAUAAUGAUGAAGAAAUUCUUGAAAGUGGGAAAAGAUUGACUGAUGCAGUUUAUGAAUUCUUUACCAAUGGCUUAGAGUAUUAA